AUGGUUCAAUUUCAAAUAUCAGCACCAGAUACAUUAAGCUUAUUCGGUGAACACGCUAAAAAAGGUUUAAUAGCUAGUAUAAAUUUACGUACCACGCUGACAUUCAACGAAUUACCAAUUUCUUUGGACAAUAUUAUAAUAAAUAUUCCUCAAAUCUAUCUAUUUUAUAACGUAUCAUUACAAGAAUUUCUAAAGUUAUAUGACAGUUGCAUCGAGAAUAUGGAGCUAUUACAGGAAAAAGUGUUACAAUAUACUUCCAAUCUAUAUAUCCCAACCAAUCACAGAGUAAUCAUGCAAAUAUUCUAUUAUUUGCUCGUUUAUAUUACCUACAAAGAGCAAAUUAAAAUAAAAUCGUUUAAUAUAUCUUCGUUUACAAAAUUCAUGGAUAAAGAAUUCGCUUGUCCAGCAUUUAUAGUAUGCUUCGCGGCAUGCUUAUUACAUUGGUCACAUGUACAAAAGGAAUAUCAGUUUGAAGAAAUUCAUGUAAUACCAAUAGUUAGUGUAUCAAACGUGACGAUACUGCUAGUUGAUUCAAAACAAACUCAAAAUCUAAAAACACAGGAGCAACAAAGGACAGAGUUAAUGAAUAUGUUUCCCGAUAUUGCCAAUUCUAUCUUGAACAAUAUUGACACUGUAACGAAUAUGGCUUGUAAUACAUUACAAAAAUUUGACAAAAUUUGCGAAAAUGAUGAACUCAGUACCGAAACAAGAAAUAAUUUUUUAAUACAGCAACACAAAGAGUUAGAUACUUACAUUUGCAAGAACCGAAAAUUAUUACAACUACUAGAUAUAUCGCAUUACAAUUUAGAUAAAAUAUACGAAAUAGCGCAAAGACAUGGAUUUUCGGCAAAAUAUACAAACAUUGGUAAUAACAAAUUAUACGCAUACAUUUGGUGUCCAUUAUUAUACACAAAUGCAUCAAAACUCGUUGAGCUUCUUUGGGACGAACUCAAGAAAUACGAUUUCGAUAUCAUGAAAAUAUAUUUGGAUGUUGCGGAGUGA